UGCUAGCCAAUCAGACAGCUGUAUUACUAUCUGAACAUACUAUACUUUAGACUAUCUCGAGAUAAAAACGGCCUAAAACGCAAAAGGUAAACAAACAGAUACGCAAGUGAUGCCGAGCGAUGCAGGCGAACGGCACGAUGAAUACUCGUAAAAGAAACAACAGGCACUUCGCGAAUCACCGUGAUGGUCAUAAGAAACGUAGACAACUUACGUUGGAGCCGGGCAUGACGGGAUUCCUGUGCACGUGCAACUUUCACGAGAGAGGUUGUGUCACCGAUGCCUACAAGCUGCUGAAUCUGUUCGCGGACGAGGAAUCUGCGCCAGAAGUAAAAAAGGAACCGGAAGGAUUAAAUGUAGCAAAUACGUUAGAUAAGUCUUCGGAAGACGCUGACAAGUCCUCGGAGGAUGAUGAUAUAUCAACCGCCCUGAAGAAGGAAAUCACUGAACUGAGAACGGAACAUGAGUUGCCGCUGUCCUCACGCAGGUUUCAAGUGGUAGACACUGGAGUGAAAAAUAUGAUCUUUGUAGCAAGUACCUUGCCAAAUCCACUGGAGCUGGUCACCAAGAUUGUUACGCAGCUGGACGUUACUAAGAAGCAGUGCACCAGGUACUUACUAAGGCUGCUACCGAUUCAAGUUAUAUGCAAAGCUUACAUGAACGACAUAAGAACGAAAGCAAGCGCGUUAUUUGAGAAGUACUUUGCGCAGGAACCCAAAACGUUCAGCAUUGUGUUCAACCGUCGCAGCAAUAACAGCAUUAAGCGCAAUGAGAUUAUCGAGGAUUUGGCAGAGAUAAUUGCGAGGAAAAAUCCAGGUAACAAGGCGGACUUGAAGAAUCCAGAGAUCGCUGUGGUGGUCGAAGUGAUACGUGGCAUUUGUUUGCUCUCCAUCGCUCCUAAUUAUUACAAGUUCAAGAAAUAUAAUCUCAUUGAAAUAUGCAAUAGUGCAAAACCUAAGCAGGAGCAGAAAUCAGAAAAUAAAGAAAUUAAAGAAGAAGGUGUAGAUACUGUAUCAAGUACGCAAGAGCUAGAAAAAUUGACUGACACAGAUACAAGUUUAAAUGCCGAAAUUGAGGAAAAGAAAGAAGAAAACUAGAUAUGAUUUAACAUAACUAUAAAAAGUACUUAUAGUUAUUGUAUUUCAUAUCUUUUAAGGAGAUAGAUGAUUAUUUAUGAAACACGUGUAAAAUAAACAUUUCUUUUCGAGAAUUA